UUGUACAUUUUCUGCUGCUGAGAUGCGUUGGCCUGAAGUGAUUGAAGCAAUAAAAAGACAGCAAGGCGAGGAGGUGAAUUUUGAAGGGCUUGACUGGUCAGCAAAGUGUGAUAUUCUGAGAAGCAAUCCAGUGACAACAAUGCGCAUGUUUGAUAAGCGUGUUGAGGCCUUAUUCAGAGAUCUGCUCUUAUCUCCUGCACAGCCUCUUGGCAAAGUUGUUGACUACUUUUAUCGAGUUGAGUUUCAGCACAGAGGAAGCCCACACAUUCACUGUCUCAUAUGGGUAGAUGGUGCGCCUGUGUUUGAGGAGGAUGAUGAUCAGACUGUGUCAGCUUUUGUUUCCAAAUACAUCACAGCUCAGCUACCUGAUCCACGCAGACAACCUGAACUACACAAGAAGGUCACAGAGGUGCAAAUUCACAGCAAAAAACACUCAAGGACAUGUUUCAGAAGUCCCAGCUCGGGUUGCAGAUUUGGUUUUCCUAAACCACCUUCCAGUAAGACAAUGAUAUCGAGACCUGGUGAGGGCGUUGCUCCACUGCAACUGCAAAUAGCAAAGUCCAAGCUCCAACCACUGAACUUGUUGCUGAAUGAACCUGAAACUGCCUCACUCAGUUUGCAGCAGCUCCUCGCUAAAUGCAACUUAACACUCCAAGAGUAUGAAGGAUGCCUCAAUGUGAUUAACAAAUCCAGUGCGGUGAUCCUGAAACGUGAGCCAAAAGACUGCUGGGUAAAUGGAUAUAAUCCACAUCUACUUAAAGCCUGGGAUGCCAACAUUGAUGUCAGUUAUAUUCUCAAUGCAUAUUCGUGCAUCAUGUAUCUCACCAGCUACAUCACCAAAAAGGAAUCUGGACUUUCUGAGUACCUUAAAACAGUCAUUGAAAACUCCACCAGAGACCACGUCAAUGAAUGUGAUGAAAUGAGGGAAAUCAUGCAGGCAUACUCUAAAAAGAGAGAGGUCAGUGCCCAGGAGUGUGUGACUCGAGCAUGUGGAAUAAACAUGAAGAAGUGUUCACGUGGUGUCAUAUUCGUACCUACGGAUGACAACGCACUGAAAAUGAGUCGCCCCAUGUCUUACCUGGAGAACACAACAUUAGAAAGUGUAAAUGUGUGGAUGACAUCUUUGACUGACAAAUACAAAGCCAGACCAGAAACACCAGAGUUUGAGCAGAUGUGUUUGGCUGAUUUCGCAGCUACUUGCAGGAUUGUCUAUGGCCAGCAGAAAAAAGGAAAAGAUGUGUUGCCCCUCCUCAAUGAGAUGGGAUUUGUGCAAAAGCGUAAAAACGAUAAGCCUGCUAUCAUCAGAUUUUACCGCUGCUCACAGGAAAAAUAUCCAGAGAAGUUUUAUGGCACAUUACUGAAAUUGUACAUUCCUCACCGAUCAGACAUGGAACUCAAAAGACCCCAUUUUCCCACAUAUGAGUCCUUCUAUAAAAAUGGUUGCGUCCAACUACCAGGUUCUGACUAUGCUGAGUAUGUCCAACACAUUGUGAAACGAAACAAAGACAAAUAUGAGAAAAAUAGUGAGGAGAUUGAGAAUGCAGUUGAAGAAUUUGAACAGAACAGAGGAGUUAUUGAUGAAUGGUGCAAUCUGGCUCCCGAAUCUGAAGUGGAGAGGUUGGAAUGUAUCGAAGAACUGGAGGCAAGAGAGCCAGAUCAUGAAAGUGUUCAAGAAAAUGUUCCAGAAUACAGUAAUCAGGCUGAUGCUGCAACAGAAGCUCGAGCCAUCAGAGAGCCUCCUGCCUUUGACCCCGCACUGCUACGACAGAUGUAUCAGAACCUGAACCAGAAACAAGCAUGUGUAUUCUAUGCAGUUAGAGACUGGUGCGUAAAGCGUGUCUGUGGCCUAAACCCUGAGCAGUUUUUCUUUUACAUCAAUGGUGGUGCAGGAACAGGAAAGUCACAUCUGAUUAAAUGCAUCUACUCAGAAGCAUCUAAGAUACUGUGCAAAGUGCCCAGCCAUUCUGAGGAGGUGGACAUAUCAAACCCUACGGUCCUGCUGACAGCUUUCACUGGAACUGCAGCCUAUAAUAUAUCAGGAUCAACACUGCACUCUCUGCUCAAGCUUCCACGAAGUCUGAAACCUCCAUUUCAAGGACUUGGUAACCAACUGGAUGAGGUCCGAUCAGAACUUUUAAAUGCUGAAAUCUUCAUCAUUGAUGAAGUUUCCAUGGUGUCAAAGCCCCUGUUUGCUUAUGUGGAUGCAAGACUGAAACAGAUCAAAGGCAGUCCCAAACCCUUUGGAGGAAUGUCAGUAAUAGCGGUUGGAGACUUUUAUCAGCUGCCACCAGUUCGACAGUCCAAGACCCUCUGUGUGUACGAGCCCUGUGAGAUUGACCUAUGGCAGGAACACUUUCAGACAAUCACCCUUACUGAGAUUAUGCGGCAGAAGGAUGAUGUUGCCUUUGCAGAGAUGUUGAAUCGGAUCCGUGUGAAAGGAAAGUCAGAUGAGUUGUCUAAAGCAGACAGAGCCUUGUUGUCACAGACCAUCACUGAACCAUCACUUUGUCCACCUGAUGUCCUGCACAUCUUUGCAACUAAUAAACAGGUUGAUUCACACAACUCAGUAACAUUAGCUCUGCUCCAUUCUAAUAUCACCAAGAUCGAUGCAGAUGACUACAAGAAAGACCCACGCACUGGAAGAAUGGCUCGACAAGCCCAACCAUACAAAGGAACCAGAAAUGAGUUACCAGAUACACUAAACCUAGCUGAAGGUGCUCGAGUCAUGCUCACCAGAAACAUAGACGUGUCUCAGGGAUUGGUGAAUGGGUCGUUUGCUACACUAGUCAGGGUGAUAACCUCAGAACAGAGUGGUGUUGCACAUGUCACUAUGCUCGGCCUUAAGAUGGAUGAUCAAACUGCUGGAACGAAUUACCGUAAUAGAGCACCAGGCGGCCCUGAUGAUGUGGUGUACAUAGAGAGAGCAGAGGAUAAUCUGAAACAGAAAGGAGUGGUACGCAGACAGUUUCCUGUUAGACUUGCCUUUGCCUGUACCAUACACAAGGUUCAGGGUAUGACAAGGACAUCAGCUGUAGUGUCACUGAAACAUAUUUUUGAACCUGGCAUGGCUUAUGUAGCUAUCAGUAGAGUGACCUCUCUCAGUGGAUUGCACAUGCUGGAUUUGGAUGAGAGUAAAAUCUAUGCCAACCGAGAAAUCACUGGAGCACUCGAGACCAUGAGACAAGUCAACUUGGACGACAUGAUGCCUCUUCUUUGUAUGACACAGACAUUGAGCAGACGAGACACUCUGACCAUUGUUCACCAUAACACUGAAGGUUUGCCAUCUCACAUCAAUGACAUCAGGAGCCAUCAUGAACUGUGUCUUGCAGAUGUUUUGUGUCUCACAGAAACUCACCUUCAAGGCUCCUUUGUUGCAGAGAGUCUUCAUUUAGAGGGCUACAACAUGUUCAAACGCAACAGACACCUGUCUUACACAAAUGUUCCACAAAUAGCCAACAGAGGUGGUGGUGGAGUGGCUGUUUAUGUGAAAAACCACAUUCAAGUGCGUGAGAAACAGUACGUACAUAAUGUAACCGAUCUUGAGUUUGUGGCUCUGAAGGUAGAAGCCCCAGCGAGUGCCCUGAUUGCAGCUGUGUACAGACCUCCAGACUACAGUGUGAGAUCAUUCUUGUCCAACCUGGGGAACCUUCUGGACUCAUUGGAGAUCAUGGACUGUCAGCCCAUCAUUGUCUGUGGGGAUUUCAAUGAGAAUCUCUUCUCCAACACUGGUAAGCCAAUCCUUGAGCUCUUCCAGUCCAGAGGAUAUGCACAAGUCAUCACUAAUGCAACCACCGAUAAGAACACACUGCUGGACCUCAUUUUCAUCUCACAACCACAACACUGUCUCCACUCUGGUGUGAUGAGAACUUAUUACAGUUAUCACAACCCUGUCUAUUGUGUCAUGUCCUCUAAUGGUCCAUGAAGGUAUCAGCUGAGUUUUAAAGAAAAAAGUAAUGUCCCUGUGACUUAAUUUAAACUAAUAUUUAUAUACAUUGAUUUAAUACUAUUCUCCAAAAUUAUUCAGAAGAGGGGCAUCCUCUGUGCAGCCAUUUUUAUUUUCUCAGCCACAGCAGGGCCUUUAUUCUUGUACAGUAAAAAAUAUCACUUGUCAUAAUCACGUUUUCUGUCCACAUUCCUCCAACAGGUCUUAAAAUUGUCAGGUAAGUCCAAAAUCCAUUGAGAAUCAUGGAUUUAAAAAAAAUUAAAUAAAAUGUUAUUAGUCUUGGUUCAUGCAACUGUCAAUGUAAAGAAAACUUAAUCAUCUGGUCAAAAUAUGUGGUUGCAUGUUAAUUAGUUAGUAGAAUGAGUAAUUUUAAGUGUUCACAAUAUGGGAAACAUUAUGGGUCAUAUAGUUUUCCAGGUAAUCAUGUUGUUUUUAUCUAUAUUUCUAACACAUUUUGGCCUGUGCAUUUAUCAGGGUGGGUUUGGAUCAGGGUUGAUAAAUGCACAGGCCAAAAAUCUUUCAGCAGCCGUGUACAAUGUAAAAUGCUGUACACGGCAUUGUACACAGCUGCUGACAUUUAGUGUAGCAGACGCACAUCAGAAAGUAUGUGUUCUAGAUGUAACACAUACUUUCUGAUGUACCUACCAGCUGAAUCCCCACACUUCUAUCCCCAUUAAUGUCAUUUUAUUUAUCCUGUGUUCUGUGUAAUGUUAAGUUUCCUUUGUAAUGGACAUCAGACAAUGUCCUUCUGUGUCUUCCGUAGUGUUAAGUUUCCUUUCUGGUGUACAGGAGACACCGUUCUUAUGUGUCCUUCAUAAUGUUAAGUUUCCUUUCUGGUGUACAGGAGACACCGUUCUUAUGUGUCCUUCAUAAUGUUAAGUUUCCUUUCUGGUGUACAGGAGACACCGUUCUUAUGUGUCCUUCAUAAUGUUAAGUUUCCUUUCUGGUGUACAGGAGACACCGUUCUUAUGUGUCCUUCAUAAUGUUAAGUUUCCUUUCUGAUGGGCAGGUGACAUAGUUCUUAUGUGUCCUUUAUAAUGUUAAUUUUCCUUUUUGAUGGACAGGAGACACAGUUCUCACAUGUCCUCUAAUGUUAAGUUUCCUUUGUAAUAGAUGGGAGACACAAUCCUCCUGUGUCCUCUGUAAAGACACCUUCCAGUUUUGUCCUCAUCUCCUUCCUCAAUGGGUGGAUCAGUUUACAGCAUCUAAGACAUGCCAAAGACUGCAGCACCAACUGAACUGUCUAACACCAUUAGACCUCAUAGAGACACAUUUUACUUCCUGGCUGUCCGAGUCAUCUUUAAAGCACAGGAUGAGAAAACACCUGCUGGUCUUUGCCUCACUUUUUCUCUGACUCUGAGAUUCUGGAUCAGCUCAUACCGAACAAGACAUCAUGCCACCACAGAGCAGAUGUUGGAGCACUAUCUUAACUGUCAGUGGACACCUCACGGCUGGACCACAGAGACACGUGUUCUCUCUGUCAGUUUCGAGUUUUUUUCACAACAGAUAAUAAGCUCCUUCUCCUCUGUGAUUUCUCCACUUCACAAUGAAGACACUCAGGACUGCAGAAAGGGCUAAACACACAAAUGAAGAUCAUGCAGCGUAUUCAGUUGCACUGGCGAUACAAGUUGUUCUGCCCUGCAGCCCGAGUUCAAGGACCAGCAUUGUCCUCCUACCCCCCUGUCUCCAUUUGUGCAUCCAUUGGUGCCCACUGGUCCGUUCAGCAGAGACUAACAGUUGGUUCUUAAGCAAGAGAUCAUGUGUGCAACUGCAAUGAAACAGCUGCAGAUGAGUCUUCAGUCAGUGAUCACUGUCACAGCCCCAAUUUUGUGAAGCAUUAAGCUCCUUCCUAAACCAGCAGUAACGGUAACAAUUUGUUAAUAUAUCCUUUUUAAAAUAUAUCUCUGGUAGUCUUACUACUUGCAUGUGCUAUUUACAUUUUUAACUACAUGAAUGAAGCUUCUCCUGUUUUUGUCUUUAAGGCCUCUCCUCCUCCAUGUUGCUAUAGAAACACUAUCCUUGCACUAAGCAAUGACAUAAUAACUGGUGUAGUGGUUCAGGUCAAAGGUCACAAUACUACAGGUCUUUACAGCGUACAAAACAAAUUCAAGAAAAGUAUGGUUAUCUCUAAAAACUACAGGACACCUGUCUAUUUUGUUUGUUUCAUUUGAUCUAACAAUGUAUGUUUUCUUUGUUUCAUCACUUUUUUUUUGUUGAUUGUAUUUAUUCAUUUAUGUCAUCCAUCCCUCUUCAGUCAAUAUUCUAACAGAUAUAUGCAAGAUGAAUAGUGGAAAUGUGUUAUUGCAAUUGCUACGUGUAUAUGAACAAAUUAACCUUAAGAAAUUCCAUAUUUGUAUUAAAUGAGUCAUUAUUAUGGGGUUUCAGCUGGUAGGUACAUAGGAGGUUCUUCACAGGCAUAUACCAAUCCUUAGGGUAACCUAAACUCUACUGUAAAGAUGAGUAUUCAAACCCAGUGUUAAAUUAUCAAAAUGGGUAAUCCAAGCUAAAUCUUCCAAAUUGGCUUGAAAAUAACUUGGUUCAAAGAGUUUUGUAAAAAUAUUUAAUUUGAAGCAAAUCCUAUCAUGCUCAUGUUCUAACCUUGAGUAGUGAUUCUAACCAAAUGUUCCAUCAAAAUAAGGAAGUGGAAGUGUUUUGGUGAGCCUCAGUAAACUGAGCUUAGCGUUGGGAUAGUUUAAAUGACAAUUUGGACCAGACGUAUCAGUCCGGGCUACUGGAACAUAAAGACUUGAACUUCUGUGAGUAUUAACCUAGGUCUGGUAACAAUGUAAAAAGCCUGUGUUUGAAAUAAAGAAUACUGCAAACCAUU